CGUUCCGUCGACUAUUCCCCCCGAGUUUCGAUCUUGCUCGGCAACUAACUUAUACGCAUAACCCGGGUACGGGAUAAGCUGUAAUUCAACGACUAACUCACAUCCUUUCCAUCGUCACCAUCAUUUCUCGGACUAAGGCGCCGUUCGCGAAUCUUAUCCGCCUUAUCAAAAAAUUCUAUACAUUGUAAUCCUCUAGUUCUUGCUCCUGCGUCUCUUCCGUCGGCCUUACAUCAAUAAAUCGGUGCUCCCAGGGCGACAAAGGGUACCCAGCGAGUUCCGGGUCUUCCUCCAAUCCCUCUGGGAUCCAGCCAAAACUUAGAGGUUGGCUAUGGCCAAUCCUUACCAACGAGACUCACCUGGAUUGAACCCAGACGUUACUCACACGAGCUUCCUUCCACGAUUUAGAAAUUACUCGUACGCGUCCGGCAUACCUGGAGCCAAUGCAAGCUUUGCGCCUGCGUCGCAUUCUCCGAUCAACCGUCUCUCAUACCUCCUCAAUCCUUCAUACGAACCGGCGUCCGACCUCUAUGGAGCGAACCCGACUUCUCAACGUUAUGUACAAAACAUCGACACGGAUAUGAAUAACGGUAGUGUGGACGGAGGGGUCCCGGCUCUGCAGAGUCGUGACCCGCAAUUGCCGUCGUUUUCGAGAGCGUUUGAGAAGUUCACGCAAUAUGAAGCCGGGGAAGAUGUGUGGACGAAUGUGUACAAGAAAAACAGUUUCUUCACGCCAUCGUACUUGACGGGUUCUAGUUACAUACAGAAGUUGGAAGAGGCAUACAAGGCGAAGCAAGCGCAGAGAGAGACCCAGCAACAAUCAGUGAGUACCUUGCCGGCCGGUAUCGCGACGACAGGUUCCCUAGCGAACAAGACGCCAGCAUCUCAUCUGGGAAUGACGUACGACUUGAUUGAACGAACACCUGCUAUCGAGGACGACCAUUCGAUACCUCCUUUACCCAGUAGAUGGAAUAAAGAUGACAAGCACGGUGCGUUGGAGGUUAUAGCUGAUGGUCAAGAAGUCAAGUAUGCGGCGAGCCGCAAUUCGAGAGAGCAGGAUCACGAAACUUGCGCAAUACGAGCCGAUCACCCAAUGCCAUGGCAAGCCGGGAUAUAUUAUUUUGAGGUCACCCUUCUCUCAAGAAGACGAGAUGAAACUACCGUGUGUAUCGGAUUCUCGACCAAGAACGUGCCCUUGAUGCGACCACCAGGUUGGGAGCCUGAGUCGUGGGGUUACCAUGGCGACGAUGGCGAUGUCUACUCGGGACAGAACGUUGGAAAGCAAUACGAUGGCGGUUCUUUCGGUCCACAGGACACUAUUGGAUGUGGUGUUAAUUUCCGAACCCGCGAGGCCUUCUUCACCAAGAACGGACAAGAUUUUAAAACCGCGUUCCGAGACAUAAAGGGAGAUCUUUAUCCCACUAUCGGUAUGAAGAAGGCUGGAGAGCACAUUCGUGUCAACUUUGGCCAAACAAGAUUUGUGUUCGACAUUGAUCACAUGGUGAAGAGGGAACAAAUGAAAAUCAAGCAAGCCAUAAAGAGAACAAGCAUCGAGAAGUUGGUAUCGCCUCCUAUGGGUGAGACGGAGCUCAUUCAACAACUGGUUCUACAGUUUUUACAGCACGAUGGAUAUGUAGAGACAGCUCGGGCAUUUGCCGAGGAGAUUCAUGCUGAGAAGCAAAAUCUACAAAUAGACCAACGAAUACCGGUCCCAGGUAUCAACAUUAGAAAUGACGAAGAUGCCCAUUGCAGACAACGUAUUCGGAGAGCCAUUCUUGAAGGUGACAUUGAGGAGGCUAUCCAGUACACCAAACGCUAUUAUCCAGGUGUUUUAAAGGACAACGACGAUGUAUACUUCAAAUUGAAGUGUCGGACCUUUAUCGAAAUGGUGCGGAAGUCCGCUGAACUCGGCAGCCCUAAUGCCAAGAAGAGCAACGGUCAUUCAUUUGACGACAUUCCUAACAAGAUGGACGUCGACGAGAACGGCUUUUCAGAUCAGAUGGAGGAAGAUGGUCUAGGAUCUCAGAUAGGGCAGGAGAGCCUUCUUACCAAGACCAUAGAGUACGGACAAGCUCUACAAGAGGAAUUCAGGAACGACUCGAGACCAGAAAUUACCAAGACACUCAAUGAGGUUUUCUCGCUUCUAGCCUAUCCGAACCCACUCCAGGUAAAGGAGAUUGCACCGUUACUUGAUCGUAAGGGGAGGGUAGCUGUAGCUGAGGAACUAAACGCCGCCAUCCUCUCUUCUUUGGGCAAGUCAUCUCGGUCGGCGUUAGAGAAUGUAUACGGACAAACGAGUGUGUUGCUAGAUUACCUUCGCGAGGACGGCGGACCUGGGUCGCUCAUCACUAUACAAUCUCUCAUCGAUGAGAUACCAAAGUCGCAACCAUUUUGAUCAAAGGCGUAGGUGUCUAAAGACAAGCCUAUUACGAUGUCUGGGGUCUCCCAAGCCGUCAAAGUCUGCCUUAAGAGCUUAGAAAUGGCGAGGGUUAUUCCUCACUAUCCUCCGCCUUGAGUUCAUAAACAGCCAUGUCAGAACCGGAGUUAC